GUAGAAACGGAAAGUUUGCAACCCUAACCGAGCAUAUUCUAAUCUAUGCGAUUGCAAGGGAAAUUCCAUUUCUCUCUACACAUUACGGUCUACGUACAUAUUCAUAUACUCAAAUUUCUCUUUGAUGAUAAACACAAGGGAAAUGCUGUUCCUUGUGAAGAUAAUUUUGUGAAGAAUGACGCAAGUUGUGGAUGUUGAUGCCGAAACACAACCAGUUUCUUCGGACGAUGAAACCCAACCAGUUUCUUCGGACGAUGAAACCCAACCAGUUGAUUUGGACUAUGAAACACAGCUAGUUCAUUCAGACGAUGAAACACAAGUAAUGGAACUUGCUGGUGAAACCCAAGUUAUGGAUGAUUAUGAUGUUGAGGAUAUGGACACCGAGCUGCUAGAUAUACCAAAUGACGAAGAUUGUGAGUGCAAGAGUGAUAGGGAAGGUUAUGAAAGGACAAAAGUUUUGAGUGAUAGGGUGGGUUCAAUUGCCGUUCAAUUUCAGGAAAGAAGUUGGAACCAAACAUCUGCCCUAGGGGUAAAGGGAGCUUCUCAUCUUCAUCAAGAUGAUGGAGGAUCUAGAUCAGAAUCACUGCCUUCAGACGAUGUAGCACGGAGUUCUGGAAGAGGAUUUGCUUAUGUUCGUACGGCUUCUUUAAGAGCAGCUGGUCUUGCAGCACGUCAAACAGCUUCAAAGAAUGCUGACAAUGGAUCUUGUUCUACCACUUUUGGUGGUGAAUUGUCUGAACUUCGUCCUUUUGAUGAUUUUGUGGGAAAAGCUAAUAUUGAGAGAGCUAGUGUAGAUAAUAAUAUUGCAAAAUAUAACGAGGUUGGAUUAUAUGAUGUAGACAAAAGCAAUGUUGCCAGAUCAUUGGUGCGGGAACUUUUUAUGGAGGAGGAUGCUGCUGAAAUAGGAUCUGAUGACAAAUUUAGUGACAUGUCUCAAUUGCCUUCUCGUGAUAAUGAUGUGGCUGGACUAAGUUAUAUAGAUUCGCAGGAGCCUGGAGAACUAUCACAAGCUAAUGCUUUUGAAUUUAUUGACAAAUUUCUGAAAGUUAAUGUGUUUGAGCCAGAUAAUGGUGUAGUGCGUACAAAUUCUGUGGCUGAAUUGGUUACUCCCAUUACCAUUGCAAAAGGAGCGCAGAGCAUUGCUCAACAAGCUAGUCAUAAAAGCACACAUGCUGGAGCUUCAAUAUUUGAAUGGGAUGACAGCCUUGAGGAUGAAGGAGGUGGUGAGUUCUUUAUUAAGAAGAAAGAAAUACUUUAUGGAACCCCUAAGUCUUGUCCUAAACCAAGGAGUUCCCGGCAGCGUGAACGGAGAGGAAGUCAAUCCCUCGGGAAGUUAGGUAAUGAGAAAGAUAAAGACAAUCUACCUGCAGCUAGGAAGGGAUUUGUUCAUUCUGAUUUGAAGUCGGUUAAUGGUGGAGAAAAAGCUAAAGUCAAAGAGAUGGAUGUAGAAAAGAAAGUUUAUCAUGGCUUAUCUCAGCAAUUUGGUCCGGGCUCCUGUAGCGAAGAGGCAUUAGCAGCAGAAUGUAAUGCUCAACAAGUGGACAUGCAAAAUGUGGGAAUUGACACCCAGAUAGCCGCUGAAGCCAUGGAGGCACUGUCAGCUGUAAUUACACUUGUGAAAAAUGAUAGCAGUAUGACUGAUCAUGGUUAUCAAAGUGAGAGAGACCAGAGUGGUAAAGAAGCUUUGAAAAGCGGUUCUUCAAAGCAAACUUCUCUCAAGAAUAGAGCAUGCCUCUUUACAUCAGGAGUUGUUACUAGAUCUAGAUCUAAAAGGGUGAUGAAGACUCGUCGACAGUCCAUGUUGGGGAACCUUGAUGUUAGCCAAGUGAAGCCAAAGCAGAAACAGAACAGGUUAAGUUUAAAUGACUUUUUGACAGUGAAUAGGAGGAAGUCAUCAGAGACAGAAGCAGUGAGUGGUGGUGGUGAGCAAAGAGAGAGUGUCUUGGAAGGGCAAUUAGAGGAUAACUCACCUCGACCACUAAAAAGACGUAGUUUACAAGGGAAAGCUAGUAAAUCUACAUCACUUUUUCAGGAAACUGCAGAGUGUAUAGAGCAUCAUUCUUAUGUUGCUGAUGAUGUGUCUCGUGAUUGUAGAGAACAACAAUACUCGGAGGUUGUUUAUGAAAGAAAGUGCAGGGCAACGAAUGCCGUGGUUUCUGAAAUGUAUAACCGAAGAAAAGAUAUUGUCAGUUGUACCACUGUGGCUGACUGUAACAAGGUUGAUGUGUCGAAGUGCAGAAAAGGGGACAUUCAGCAUACCUCUAACCAGGACGAUCGAAGCCAAGAUGAAGGGCACACUUUGAGUGCAUAUGGGGGCCUGGAAAUCGCAAUGGAAUCCGUUGCUCGACGGACGAGGUCAAGGAGAAGCAGUACUCGAUGUGCAGACCGUCAGCAAGAUGAUAAGGGUAUCCUUUCCAGUGGAAUGCUAUCAUUAGAAGAUGCUCGCCAGUUGUCUUCGAAUAAUCAGAAUGCAUGUUCUCCUCCUGCCAAAGGAACAAUGGAUGGAUCACCUAAAGUCAUGCAAAAAUCAUCUAAUCCAGCAGAUAUUACCCCAGCUACCUUAAAAACUCCUACAAAUGCAGCAUCGCCCAUAUGUACUGGUGAUGGGUAUCAUACGCCAUCUUCCAGAAAGAGCUUAUCACUCAAUAAAGAACUUAUCAGUUUAAUUGCCAGUGAACAGAGAUGCAGUUCUCCUUUUAAAAGUUUGAGGCAGAGAAAAGAUAUGACUAAUGUUCGUGUAUUGUUCAGCCAGCACUUGGAUGAUAAUAUAAUUAGGCAGCAGAAGAAGAUUUUGUCUCGUUUAGGUGUUUCAGUGGCAUCUUCGAUUUCAGAGGCCACACAUUUCGUUGCUGAUAUGUUUGUACGCACGAGAAACAUGUUAGAUGCUAUUGCUAAUGCGAAACCGGUUGUGACGCACUUGUGGCUUGAGAGUUGUGGGCAAGCUAACUGUUUCAUUUAUGAAAAAGAUUACAUUCUUCGUGAUGCUAAGAAGGAAAAAGAACUUGGUUUCAAUAUGCCAAGAUCAUUGGCACUUGCAAGUCACCAUCCUCUUUUAGAGGGUAAAAGAGUUUUGAUCACUCCAAAUGUAAAGCCUGGAAAAGAAAUAAUUUCAAGCUUGGUUAAGGCAGUUCAUGGUCAGGCUGUAGAAAGGUUGGGCAGAUCUUUCUCAAAUUAUGAUGACCUGUUGGUUUUAUCUUGUGAAGAAGAUUUUGGAGUCUGCGUACCAUUGUUAGAAAAAGGAUUUGCAGUUUAUAGCUCAGAGCUGCUACUGACUGGAAUCAUCACUCAAAGGCUUGAAUAUGAGAGAUAUCGUCUCUUUGUGGCUCAUGUAAAGAAAACACGCUCAACAUUAUGGUUGAAAAAGGGUGAGGAAAAAUUCCUUCCUGUCACCAGAGCUAAGUAGAAUUUUGCUAACUAAAUUUGUAUAUCCUUUUUGAGUUUUUGACCCCCCUGUGCCUUAGUGUAACCAGCUGAUAUAGUAGUAUUAGAUACGUUUGUUUGAGUAUGAAGUGUAAUUCUUUGUGAUUCUUUGCUCGCGCAGUAGAGUUAAAUCUAUUUGUUGAUUCUUUGCUCUUGUUUCGCAUUAGCGAAUUCAUGAGGUAACUGAGCCAUCAAUGUAUAGGAUUCUGAAAUGUUGAUUGUGACA